CAGAUAAUUGCGAGUAUACAAUCCAGUUUUUUGACAAUUUAUUUGGAAAUUCCUCAUUUUUCCUUUGAAUCUUUGGACUUAUUUUUUGUUUUCGAUGAUUUUUCCAUUCAAAUAUGAUUUUUAUUUCUAGGUGUUCAACUUUAUUGCUCAUUAUACUCCAUCAAAUGAAUUCAGGUGGUUUUUGAUAUCAGUUUCCUUCAACUUCCAAAAAGUAAGGAGGUUUUAAACUGCGAAAUGCGUUUUUCUCGAAACUUACUUUUUGUGACAUUCCCCCUUUUGCCCCUGUGGUCUUCAUUUGUAGUGAGUAUACUAUUUUUCAUCUUCCGAAGUAAUGAAGUCCUUCAUUAUUAUUAUUAUUAUACUUAUUAUGUGUUUUCGAUCAAAAUAAAAUUGUGAAAAACAUGAGGGAAAAGUAGACUCUGAAACAGAAUUGGGACUUUUAUCUUCUGAAAAUUAAAAUGCCGAGAUAUCUUGUCCGAUUAUUGUGAUAUUGAAAUGACUAAGAAUGGUAUGGUGAGGUGAGGUAUGUAUGUACCUACUCCAAUCAUUCUAGAUUCUUGAUCCUGUCCUAGUUACUGAUGACAUUCAUUGAAGAACGCUUGAAAAAUAUGGACUAGAUAAAACCACAGUGAUGAAAAUGACUGUCAAGUUAAGGAGUGUUGUUUUGGUUUUAGUGAUAUACAUUUUUCGUGAAUGUUACGGAGAAUAUCGUGAAAUCUCAGAUGUAGAAUAUGCUUCUAUGCCAGAUCUAUUUUUUUUGGAUAAUUAUGAAAAGUGUUUGGCAUUGGGGAAACAAGCCGUUUUCUGUACACUGAAUUUCGAAUUACAACCUCUCGUGGAAAACGAGACGAAUAAUCUCUGGAAUAUCAUUAAGAAUGUCAGUUCUGAUCCAAGGAACUAUAGGCAUGACCACUUGAGACAUGGUAUUUGUGUUUCCACAUUCUGUCCAAAUUUUGACGAAGACUUUGAAGAAUUUUCAGUCAAAGAUGUAGUAGAAGAAUGCUAUAACAACAAAUACAAAUCCCUUGGAUUGAAGGGUAACAUUUCAAAUUUGAAAUGCGAUAGUGUGCAAAGCAAAUACCCUUUUGAUAUAUACGAUAUAAUAUUCAUAACAUGUUUCUUAUUUUAUUCGAUUUUCGUAAUAUUCGCUUCUAUUUAUGAAGGCAUCGCAAGGUAUCAGGAAAAAGAAGUUUAUGAUGAAAUAACUGGUACUAUAGCUGGUCAACUCAUCACAGCUUUUUCGAUUCCAAAGAACUGGAACAGGCUGAAAUCUAUUAAUUCCAAUCAGGAUGCUGAGAAACUCAGAUCAAUACAAGGCAUGCGGUUUUACAACAUGAUUUGUGUCAUUUUGUGUCACACAGUCAUGAUAACUUUCGCUGUACCAGUGGCCAAUCCAAAAUAUACUGAGAAUAUGACUAAUGAACCACUGAACAUGUUUUUGGCCAACGGAAACUAUGCAGUGCAGACGUUUUUCGUCAUUUCUGGAUGGCUAUUGUCCUAUCACUUUUUCCAAAUGCUGGAAGGUCGAAAACACUUGAGUCUAAGAUUUCUCCUAGUUGCUUUCAUGAAUAGAUAUAUAAGACUGACACCUACAUUGGCAAUCAUGAUAGCUUUCGAAGCAACUUUGUUGAUACAUUUGGGAAAAGGACCAUACUGGGACAUUCUAGUUGGAAGAGAAUAUCGAAAUUGUAGACAAAAUUGGUGGACCAACCUUUUGUAUAUAAACAAUUACGUCGAAAAAAAUAAUAUGUGUUUACACCAAACUUGGUAUAUAGCUUCAGAUACACAACUCUACCUGCUAUCUCUGUUACUUUUAAUGAUAAUCUGGAAGAAUCAGGACAAAAUAAAUAUAAUACUAGGCAGUAUUCUUACAAUUGGCCUGAUAAUACCAGGUGCAAUAUCGUUCAUGAACAAUUACGAUAUAGUCAUACAUCAAUAUCCCGAGGUACUUUAUGAUUUGAGAGGAUUGCAAAUUGAUGCUUGGCACCACUUGUAUACAUCGGGUUAUUCAAACAUCACUGGCUAUGCAAUCGGACUCACUUUCGGAUACAUAUUCUACAAAUACAAGAACAAAGUAUUGCAAUUAUCAAAAAUGCAUGUUAUAUUAUGGUGGAUCCUGACCUUUGGAAUGUGCAAUUUUAUAGUAUUGAUAGCAGCUAGGAUGUACGAUCCAGCUUUCAGGAGUUCACGAUUGGAAUCAGCUCUAUACUGGGCCUUCGGCAAGAAUGUUUUCGCACUCGGAAUAGCCAUCGCCAUAUUCGGAUUUUCACAAAAAAUUGGAUGGUUUGCUAGAUCGGUUACUGAGUGGAAAGCAGUAAGCGUCUUAGGAAGGCUAACAUACAGCACUUAUAUUGUUCAUACAGCUGUGAUAAGAAUAAGAGGCGGCCUAAUGAGAUCUCCUACGUAUGUCAAUGAUUACUUAUUGUUGAUGACUACUCUUGGAGACAUUGUUUUGUCUUAUCUGGUGGGUACUGUGAUGUGCCUCAUGUUUGAAAUGCCAAUAUCGGCCUUGCAGAAACUUAUGGUGCCACAAAUGAAGAGACCCACCCCUGAACGUGGGUCUUCAGAAAAAUCAUUGAAAACUUUGGAUUAUGAUGCGUGCGAUAAUGAAGAAAAUGAAUGUUCCAAGGUAUAAUAAAAUUGUUUCAAUGAGUAAUAACACCCUUGUUUUUAUUGCGUGAAAUGCCUAUUUGAAUCGAAAAAAAUCAAAGAAAAUUUUUCAAUUUGACAAUAUGAGAAAAAUUCUAAACAUGUUCAGUAAUUACUUUUUAAUGUUAUUGUUACAAAAACGGAAGCAUGAAUGUUCAUUUUAUUUCUUCGAAUUUCAGAGGUAAUGGUUCCUUUGGAAAUGUUGUCAACUUCUUAGUGUCAAAUUUCACUGUUUUCCUCUCGUCAGUAAGGCUAACUUUGAAUGAAGACAAGAUGGUGAAUAUACAUAAUUUGAUAUGUAACAGGGUCAUCGAAAAAC